AGUUAGUAGGCACCCGGAAGGGUGGUACCUGCGCAAGUUCUUCAAUUUGCAGGCUUAUUUUUCAAGAGCUACAGUGUGUGGAAGUCAAACUUUCGCAAUAGUUAAACAAGACGGUAAGCCACAAUUAACUCACCAAAUUUAGCCAACUCGACACCGAUUAUCGUCAGUUGAAAAUAGAUUUGGAGUAAACUACCCUUACCCUGGAUUGAUUUUGUGCGCGCUGUUCUCGUUGGAUUACCUGGGAAGGUGGUGUAGCCUACCACCUUUCGACUCUUUAGACGUUCCCCUUGCCAACUGAAAAAGUCGAGAUCGUAUAGCCUACCAUAAAAGGACAGUCUGUUAAAGUUGUCUUGGAUUACACUGAUCAAGGUAAUAAAGACACUCAAACGCCCUACCCUGUCCUGCUUCUAGGAUGAGUAUCCAACCAAGAAGGAUCCGUCUGAAGCCAUGGCUGCUGGCUCAAGUGAACAGUGGGAACUAUCCAGGGCUGCAAUGGCUCAGUAAGGACCACAAGCUUUUCCAGAUCCCCUGGCACCAUGCUACCCGUCACAUGCCCACACCAGAGGAGGAGAACACUAUAUUUAGGGCCUGGGCCCUGGAAACAGGGAAGUACCAGGAGGGAGUGGAUGAGCCAGACCCUGCCAAAUGGAAAGCCAACCUGCGCUGUGCUCUCAAUAAGAGUCGAGAGUUCAAACUGAAGUAUGAUGGUACCAAAGAGACGCCUGUCCAGCCUUACAAAAUAUAUGAAGUGUGUGCCCAGCCAUCCAAUGGAGAUCAAGAAGGUGAAGAAGACGAGCUACCAGACAUUGUAAACCUCUCCAUUGACUCCAGAAUGAAUGAUCCCUCAAGUUUUCAAGUCUAUUCGGCUCACGAUGUCCCUUUCCCGUCCCCCAUGAGUGACCGGUUUGGCCCUGCCCACAUCAUACCCGCCAUGCCGCUUCUGCAGGACAGCGUCCAGACUAACGCGGGUGGGACUGCCAACAUGACUGCUCACCUCUCCCAGACGGCAGUGGCUCCCCAAGAGUUCGGUAGGCACAUGGCCAUGAUGAGCAGCGUGGAGCAGGGAAUGCUUGCGCUCAGAGGGCCCAUGGAGAAUGGGCUGGCCAUGGACACAGGGGUCAUGCCCAACCCUGUACUCACGGAAAUCUCUACUCCUGCCAUCCCUGCUGUGCCCAUGGUGGAGAGCCCAAUGCCAGGGGUGCAGACUGUAGCAGAACCCCAAGUUCAGCCCUGCAUUUAUGACCUGCUGAGCAGUCCACAUGUGCUACCCUUGACUGAUCUGGACAUUAAGUUCCAAUACCGUGGUCGGAUGGCUGGGUCACUCACUGUCAGUAACCCUCAAGGUUGCCGACUUUACUAUGGUCACCUGGAACCAACACCUGAACAGGUGGACCUGUUUGGCCCUGUAUACCUCAAUCAGGUGCUGUUUCCAGGCACAGCAGAGAUUGUGAAUGAAAAACAGAAGUUCUACACUGACCACUUAUUGGAUGUGAUGGACCGGGGAUUAGUCCUGGAGAUCCGUGGACAGGACAUCUAUGCUGUGCGUCUCUGUCAGUGCAAAGUCUUCUGGUCUGGCCCAGGAGUAUCAGAAAAUGGUCUUCCCAAUCCUAUGGAGAGGGAGAAGAAGAUCAGAGUGUUCAGUCUUAAUGAGUUCUUGCAUGGACUUAUCUUGUACCAAAAAAAUGAAGCCCCUUCCCUGCCACCUUUUGAAAUCUAUUUCUGUUUUGGAGAGGAUUGGCCUGACAAGAAACCUAAAGAGAAGAAACUCAUCAUUGUUCAGGUGGUACCUGUGGUGGCAAGGAUUCUUACAGAGAUGUUCUCCGGUGAGCUGUCCUGGUCUUUAGAUAGCAUCCGGCUUCAGAUUUCCAACCCAGAUCUAAAAGACCAGACAGUGGAACAGUUCAAAGAGCUGCAGAGACUCUUGCAGAGUCAGCAUGGCCAAAACCUACGCCUCUACACCCAGUCCUGAAUCAGAUUUACUACUGACUGACUGACUUAGUUGGUGUCAGGAGCAGCUCUCCUGGGUACCGCACAUUCUUCAGAAGGCUCUAUGGACUUUAUCCUGUGUCAUGAGGGCUUGAGUUGCUAUCCAACUCAAUUUGGCCCACUCACUAACAUUUCAAUGAAAUGCUGGCCUUUUGAUUACUAGCUGCUGUCUUUUUUUAACAAACUAGCCAUGGACUUUUUUUUUUUUUUUUUUUUUUAAUGAAAACUUGGAACAGAAAUGUUCCUUUGACCUAGUUUUUGUGUCCAUUCACACAUUUUUACUCAGGUUUUCUAUUUCAAUAAAUACCAUAGCAGUGUUAGACA